AUGAGUCGGCCGAGAAGCGAAUCAAACUGCGAAUUGGUCAGAAUGAUCGGACCACCAGGGCAAGACAAAUCCCAAUGGAUGAGCAAAUAUGUCAGGAUCUAUCCCGAAAAGAAGUACGUCAUUUUGAGCGCCAGCGAACUCUGCCAGAGGAUGGACGUCGUGGGAUUGCCGAAAACAUUUGCCGAACGACGAAUGCAUUGUCUCGGACACGUGGCCAAUGAAUGUUUAUUCCGACUUAUGACCCUGGUCUCGGAAAGCCGAAGAAACUGCAUUGUCGAUGAUGUAAAUUUCACCGAAACAGACGUUCAGGAAAUGUUGUGGAUUUUCGAGGGCUACGAACGGAGGGAUAUUUCGGAAGGAAUAAAUAAUACAGCAGAGCAUAGAAAGGGUGCCCGCGUCAGUGAAACUACAACUGAAAGUUGGGGAGAUGGAUACGAUGACGAGGAGUGGUAG